CCGAGUUGAGUCUUGUAUUCCGCACAAAAUUCAGCACCGAAGAAGCUGAAAGAAAAUUUGCUACUGCUUCAAAUAAAAACGGCUGAGAAAAAAAGAAUAUCUAUCUUCUUUCUCCAGCAUUUUCUUGAAAUUUAAAUUCAUCAACAUCUGCUAUGCGUGGUUCAUGGCUUUUGAUGUUCUGCGUAAUCCAGACAGGCAGUCUCUUUCGAUUCCUGGACGGAUCCCUGCACGGAUGGAUUGAAUCAGACGAACCGACGUGCGAAGAGCUGAGAUCGUUCUGGAACACUCUCAAUCGUUCGGUGAAAAUGAGUGAAUUCACAAACGAGAUUCCAUUAAUACCGUGGGAAGUAUUCUCCUACAUCAACAAUCACUCUCAGAAAUCUGGAAAGAAAAAAUUUCUGCGAACUGCCAACCCCAUGCAGAAUGUCUUCACUCUUAAUGGUGCAUUUGCUAAGCCACAUUUGGCACGUCCAAAUCCAGAUAUAGGACAAGAACCAUUUCAAGUUCUGAAACCAUCGCCCAAUCAAGACGUAGCUGGCAUAAUCGGCAGCAACUUUCAUGAGCCUUCCCAAAAGCUGAUAGGAUGGGAAAUGAGUAAUUCCAUCUUCAGUCCAACGACGGCACAAUCUGGAGCUAAAAAGAAAGGUGGAGGUGGAAACGUAGUGCAUUCUCCAUCUUGGGGUAUGCCGGAAGAAGUUGGAACGUUUGGAAGGUUCGUUGAUUUUGAUGAGGCUGUACCAGUCCUUACCAGGAAGCAAGAUGUUAAACAGUAUAGUGGAGGGUGGUCUGAACCAUUGUUGCCUUCACCGUCCUAUGAGUUAUAUGCUAUAGGGGAUCCCUGCCUGCAGAUUGUCAACAAAUACUGUAUGGCGGAUGAACAAUGCACAUGUGCUGGGAGAGACGUGCUGCGAUGCCACCACGGAAAGUGUAUUAGUUAUCAUACGAAUAAUGGAAAAGAAAAUCAAUAUGGUUACUGGCAUGAUGGACCUCUGCCUCGUUCCAAUCUUGGACUUCUCAAGAGACUGCAAAAAAGGAAGGACAAAUCAAUCUACAUGUGAAAAGCAAUUUAUGUAAACUUUAUCCUCAGCUGUCAUACUUGUAAUCAUUAGCACAUUUAUAAAUGUUUUUUGUUUUUCCUUUCAGUUGCAUUG